AUGGCAGAAUGCAGGCAGAACUGUGGAACUCUAAGCGACAAAAUCUACGACAAUUACCACAUUACAUUCAACACAACGUACAGCUUCUUCGACUAUGUGCUGAAAAAUGUUAAAACGCCAAAUUUCCGUUUCUUAAUUUAUAAUGGCGAUGUAGAUACUGUAUGCAACUAUCUCGGAGACGCCUGGCACAUGAGGGAUGUGGCGCAAGCCGCAAACCUUAAGAGUUCACCGCGGCAGUCGUGGUUCUUCAGUCGGAACAAUCAAGUUGCUGGUUUCUACCAGCGAUUACAAUGGACUCAGUGGGAGCUGGGUGCAAAUGUAACAAUCGAUGUACUGACUGUCAAGGUGAUCCCCGGUUUCGUUCUCGCUUACUCCAUUUUUUUAAUCUGGUCAUAUUCAAUAUUGCAGCCUAGAUUUUUCACCUAUUUCCUUUCAAGAAGAUUGGCUCUCCACACGCUGAAGCUGGUAAUGUAUAAAACUAAACCUGAAUUUUCUUGCAAGGAGGCAGGGCACAUGUUCCGUUGA